AGACGAAGAAAGGAGAAAUAAAGUCAUCAAGUGCAUCUAAUUUCCCAACUUUUGGGAUUGGAAUAGUAUAUAUAUAUACAAUCAACUCUAUUACGAGAGAACACCGCUGAAAUUCAAUGGUUGUCAUGUGAUCUAAGUAGGAAGCAGUGCUGUGAGUGAAGUUCCGUCUCUGGUACUGAUGAUAGUGGCACACGUGUGCUUGAUCAACGACAAACAAAUACAGGCCAGACACUCGAAUGUCUAGACUGCUAGGGCGUGGUUGGUCCACCAGUUUUCAAAAACCAAGUAGUGCCACACUGUUUCAUAAUAUUUUACUCUGCAUCACUUCGAGGAACAUAUGAAUAUUCCUUAUCUAACCGAAAGCGCAGUCCAACAGGAUAUGACAGUUUUCAUACAACUCUCUCAUGUUUUCCUUUUGCUUAGGAUGACGUCUUCAAGAAUACCGGUCUUCUCUUCCUCCACACCAUCACCCGCCUUAGAUCCGGCUGAACAAAUGAAAUUGUGACAUAAAGUGGUGGUUACCAUCAACAAUUGCCACGAGUAUAACUAUUUCUCAUUUCAUCGCCGCCUUGAAAGUAGAGUAAGAUUUAUUUUGAUUUUCAUCUAUGCGUUUUUAACUGCUUCUCGUGAAGAAAAGACCGGUCCUUCAAACGAUACACUGAAAAUAACAGCGACUUUGUAGAUAAACUGAGCCUAUGGAUUGUGGUUAAAGUGCCGACUAGGUGGCACCAGUUUAAGACACGUCACUAGGGCUACUGUCCAGUUGUCGGGGUAAAUUGAUAACAAAGCAGAUGCAGAUUUCCUGACGCAUACGGCUGUAGGUCUGGUUAUUCAGAACUGCCACUCGACCAGUGACAUCGUGCUCUACAGGAAGUAGAUAUUUUUAAAAUCACCCAGAAAUAAUCACAACAUUAAUAUCAUGUUCUAAAUUUAUCUAAUAGCAUCCGCCUAUGUCAUGUGUCAUGACAGUCGCCGGCAGGUUGGUCACAAUAGCAACGCUCGGACCUCAGGGUCCUAUAAAAGCUACGAUCGAAGCUUAGGGAUGAGACGAUGAUGAGACAUAUCCUCAUUUAAUAAUCACUGCCGAUUGGCUCGGUCAGGACUGGAGAUCCACCGACGCUGAAUGUUUCGUUUUCUGAUUUUUGCCGACGUGCAUUUUCCAAUGUGCAAGAAAGCGAGAACAAAGGACAGUUUGUUUCGGUUUUCCUGCCUCUUGGUGCACCACAUGUCCGAGCAGACAAGUAUAUUAUUGUCUGCGUGCAGAGUUUGCGCCUUGGAGAAGUCACUUUGUUUGAAAUAUCAUCGCAAAUAACCUCAUGGCUGCCUCGCCACUGCUUUCUGCCUUCAGUUCCGUGAGCUGAAAUGAAAUCGCGAUUCGCUGCAUGCAACUUAAUUAUGACUCUUGUGCUGAUACUAAAGUAUCCGGAAUCCAUCCCUUCACUGGAAUGCACACCAAGAGGAUGUAGCAAGACAAGAUUUGCCAUUUCUUGAAAGUUCAUCUCCUAGCAUCUAAACUGUUAAUGGUUUCGAUGUUAGACUGUGGUGUUGAUCACACGAUGCUGUGCAGAACGAACUUUUCACGAUGAUUACGUGUUGCUGCUCAGCAUGCAGAUCGAAAGAUUAGUGCCUGGGAAAAAAAGUGUUGCUCAUUAUCAGUCAGCCCACUACCAGGAUUACUCACUUGUAUGGACAAACGAUGAACUUGACGGAAGAGAGGUCUCAGGUAAAUGAGACGAGCGAGGAGAUAACGGCCGCUGACGUUGCUCUGUCCGUCACGACGAUCCUGUUGUCGCUGCUGAUCUGCGCAGGAAACGCAUUGACCAUCGCCGCCAUCAUCCGUUCCCCACGCCUGCACACGCUGCCCAACAUGUACGUCAUGUCACUGGCCGCGGCUGACCUGCUGGUGGGGCUGCUGAUGCCGGUGCUGGCCUUGUUCUUUCUGGCCCCCAUCAAGAACGCCUUCAACAACGCCAAGUACGCCUGCCUGCUGCUCUUCGCUGGUUUGUACGCGUCCUGCCUCUGCUCCGCCAUCAACAUGGCGCUGAUAGCUACUGACCGCUAUAUCUUCAUCACCAGGCCCUUCUGGUACGAACGGGUGGUCACGCGUGAUGUGGUCAGAGGCGUUGUUGCCGUCUGCUGGAGUCUUGCCGUGCUCAUGGGUUCAGUGCCUCUCUAUGCCAACAGAUUCAAGUACGACAGUGAGUGCGAUUCUACUAAGGUUCUCUUAUUUUCCUUUGAUGGCAUAUUUUUGCCAAUUUUUUCUUCUCGUGCGCAAUGCUGACUGCCGUUCUCUACACUCUUGUCAUCCGUCUGGCCAAGGCGAAGCAGAAGGUCGGUCCAUCACCCUCAGUGUCAGACUCUCCUUUUCACCCAAGGCCAGCUUCGAGUGGAGCAUUACAUUCAACAAAGGGCUUCACCCGACGGCAGUAC